AUGCAGGUUGAUGACAAUUAUGAGCAGGUUCUCUUCAUAAUUAUCGCUAUCCUUGGCAUGUCAAUCACCUCGAGCCUCGGUUUCGAGUGUGAUAAAACAGCUUCUGUGUGUGAAACAAGCUUGGUGAUUGAAAAGAAAUUGACAAUGAUGCAUGACGUCGAAGAGCAAGUGUAUCCUUAUAACGGCAAAAUUUACAAAUAUGACGUAGUCGAUCCUUCUAAAGCCACACCCAUUCCCACAGAUGAGGUUAUGACGGCUGAUGGCUGGGAGGAAAACAGACUGGUGGUCGUUGCAAAUGGAACUCUUUCUGGUCCUCCGAUCAUUGUGUACAAGGGACAGCGCUUGAUCAUCCACGUCCUCAAUAAGCUUUACUCAGAUACCGUUACCAUCCACUGGCAUGGUCUUCACCAAAGAGGAACACCGUGGAUGGAUGGUGUACCAUUUGUUACACAGUGUCCAAUCCUCGCCGGACAGAAGUUCACGUAUGACUUCACACUUGACCAAUCCGGGACUUACUGGUAUCAUUCUCAUGUAGGUAAUCAGCGGACCAAGGGUAUCAAUGGAGCUUUGGUUAUAAGAGAGCGGGAUCAGACGAUGAAAGAGCACAUUAUGACAGUUCAAGAUUGGAACCACUUCUGGGGCGCCGACAUGGAUCACCUUAAGCUUCAGUACGGUGAUUUCUGGAACCGAGUUCCUGAGGAUGUAAGACAGUCAGUUGAUGGCGGUUUCUUUGAUCCUUUCUAUGCUACCUCUGUUCUUAUAAACGGUAGAGGGCGGUACUACAAAAACACGACGACAGGCGAGAACAACGGAGCUCCCUUGUCGGUAUUUUCUGUGAUUCAAGGAGAGGCGUUGAGGUUUCGGGUUAUCAAUGUAGGAGCCAUAUAUCCCAUUAGAGUAUCAGUGGACGAUCAUCCUUUAACACUUGUUGCAUCAGAUGGUUAUGAUGUCAAACCUGUCGAGGCGGAAUCGUUUAUAAUAAAUCCCGGAGAAAGAUACGACUUUAUCCUUACAGCCAAUCAAAGCGUUUCAAACUACUGGAUACGGGCAGAAACACUUGAAACUAAAUUGCAUCGAGUAGAAGCUAUUCUUCGAUACCAGGGGGCACCACUAGUAGAACCUAGCACUACCAGGAGACAUUGUACGCCGACAAACAGAUGUCUUGUUGUCAACUGUCCUUUUACAAAUUAUCCAUUUGGUGAUUACACUGACUGUCUGAGGUUUGAUCAUCUCAGGUCAGCAGUGAACGAUGAUCCUGCGCCUGAACCAACAUCUGCUGAUACAUUUAAAGAGCAUUUUCUUAAUUACGCUCUACCAACUGAAAUAUCGUCAAUCAAUGGAAUCGAGUUCGAGGAUCCCAGUGUUUCUGCUCUGACACAGCCCUUCGAAAUCGAGACAUCUUGCGACAAAGAAGACUGCGGCGAGGACAAGACAUGCAAGUGUACUCAUUCAUUAACAACUAAACACAACGACGUCGUGCAACUUGUCUUGUUGAAUAUGGGAAUAGGAACGGGUGACGCUCAUCCUGUUCAUCUGCAUGGUUACUCCUUCUACGUACUUAAAAUGGGAUACGCUACCUACAACGCAACGACCGCCAAAUACAUUUCUCCAAACACCGAUAUCGACUGUAGAGGUGGUGGAGAUGAUAUCAGCUACUGUAAUAACGCUACUUGGCGUGAUCCGAACUGGCGCGGAAACAACGUGCCAGGCAUGGAACUGAAAAAUCCCCCUCGGAAGGAUACACUCAUCAUCCCAAGUGGAGGCUAUGCUGUAAUAAGGAUCAAGGCCGAUAAUCCCGGGGUUUGGAUCAUGCACUGUCAUAUUCAAUACCAUGCAACACUGGGUAUGAGAAUGUUGAUAAAUAGCUCGUAUCCUUUACAUCCGUCCCCUCCGGCAGGGUUUCCGGUUUGUCACAACUUCCCGCCAACAUCUUACCGAGAGAAUCUCUAUGCCAGUAAAUCUAUGACAUCUGCUACCCCCCAGCAGACCAUUACCAAUUUGUAUGGAAUGACAGCAACCACGACGUCUUUUGGAGGUCAGGUCCCUGUUGUUGGUCGUAGGCGCCGGGAAUCUAUGGACAGACAUAUACCAACGCGGAAAUAUCGCGGAUCUCCUAGGAACAAAUAUUGA